AUGGGAAAUUUUCCAAAAUACCGUUUACAGCAAGUAAAGCCAUUCACCGCAGUCGGGGUCGACUACGCUGGUCCAAGCCUGUUAAAACCAUCAACAACACACAGACCUGUACCAUGCCAGGCAUACAUAUGCCUCUUCGUCUGCAUAGCAACAAAGGCGCUACAUCUUGAACUCGCCUCAGACUUAUCCACUAAGACUUUUCUGAUGGCCAUUAGUCGUUUUAUUUCACGCCGAGGCCCAAUCCAACAGAUGCACAGUGACUGUGGAACCAACUUUGUAGGUGCCUCCAAGUUGUUUGAAACAGUUGAUAAAUUCACGCAAUCCCCUGAACACCAGGAAAAGUGUAGGAGUUUUCUGACAGCGUGGAACAUCAGCUGGCACUUCAAUCCACCAUCCGCACCUCACUUUGGGGGUCUUUGGGAGGCUGGACUGAAGUCAACAAAAACAUUGAUUCACAGAACUAUCGGUCUCCAUCGACUCAAGAACGAGGAACUCAGUACCCUUUUAACUCGGAUCGAAGCCAGCACGACCAACGCCAAUGCACCAGUCUUUUACCUGAUCUCUAGCAAGACCCACCCAGGCAGACUUGCGCAUUUCAGAUAG